UGCCGCCAUGUGCAUUGGCAAAGUCGAGUCGGUGCCUGAAUACUCCUUUGGAACACGUCAACAGAGGAAGCUCUUUCCUCACUCUCAUCCCCCAAACUUUUUUGGGAACAAGUUUCUCCCUCUUAGGGGGUCGCCCCACACAGGGCCUGGAUGUUACAUGCCGGAAGAUAGGUAUGGCUUGGCAUACAACUUAUCUAUCAUCCCAACCAGUCUAAGAGGAUAUUCUUUGGGAGCCAGAACAGCUGUGAGGUUUAAACCAAUCAUCAAGGAAAAGAUACCUUACUCAGUCAUGUUCCAGAGAGUAAGUCCUGAGGAGGAAAAACACAAACAAAGUUUUGCUCCAUUUAAUGUCAUGGUGCCUCGAUUUAGGAGCGACUCAAAGGACAUUUGUUGUCCCGGCCCUGGCACAUACAACCCAGAGAAGAAACUACAUCCCAAAAUCGCUUGGCCAAUGAAAUUUGGAUCGCCAGAUUGGGCUCAAGUUCCAUGUCUACAGAAAAGAACACUUAAAGCUGAGCUGUCCACAGACAAAGACUUUCGAAAGCAUCGGAACCGUGUUGCCUACCUAAGCCUGUAUUAUGACUGAGCAGCGGUGACUACCUUCACGUGCUCCUCCUGAACACAGAAUCUCCGGGAUUGAGGACAGAGAUGCUCUUCUCCUUCUGCGUUGCCGUGCCCUCUUUUCUGCCAGCGUGGGGCCCAGGGAGGGGCAGGGGCUCAUACCUACUGCAUGGAAGCAUAAAGAAUAGUACAGAGUGCUAUCU